AUGCCUUUCUCUUUCUUCUCCCGCAAGAAACCAUCUCGUCGAUUCAAUGAUUUCUACGAAGACUGGUCAAAAACCCUAACCGAAAACUGCCUCCCUCUCCUCCGUCAAUCACUUUCCUCCGCCGCUUCCGCUUCCGUCCUCUCCUCCAACGUAGACCUCGUCCUCCGUCACCUAGUCUUAUACUACGAAACCCUAGAUCUUGCUGCCGAUCACAACACCAUUCCUUACCUUCUCUUCCCUUCAUGGCGUAACUCUCUCGAGACUCCGUUUCUUUUCCUCGGCGAUAUCCAUCCUUACCUCCUCACCAAUCUCCUCCGUUCUUUCAUCGACCGUGAGAAUCAAGAUUCCGACGACGAAGACGAGGAAACUUCUCUUGAUCUUGUGAAUCAACCGUUAAAGAUGACGAUGGCGUGGAAAGAUCCUUCUGAUGAGUUGGUUAAAAGAAUCGAUCAGAUUGAGUGUACAAUGAGACUUAUGGUUCCUGGUUUAAUGGAUCGUAUGAGGAAAACACAGAGAAGUUUCGUGGCUCGAGUUUCUGAGAGUUGGGUCUCGUCGUAUCAAGUUGGGAAGAAGAAGAAGCUUACUGCGACGGUUGCGACGGCUUCAACGUCGGUGGAUGAAGCAGCAAAGAUUGAGAUGGAAGAGCUUGUGAGUAUUUUCGUUGAUGCGAAUCGUUUGAGGAAGAGUGUGAUUAUGGACAUUGUUGGAGCUACAAGUGAGCAUCAAGCGGCUCUGUUUCUUGAGGGUUUAUGUCAGUUUCUUGCUGGGUUUAAAGAUCAGAUUCUUCUUCAAGAUUUUGAGAUUCUUUCUUUGCCCAAUUAA